ACAGUCACUUCCAUCACUUGUACCAACACCACACCACCAUUAUUUUUGCCUUUUUCUUUUUCUUUUUUUCUUUUUUGGGAAUACCAUUCUUGCCUUUUUCAACAACCCAAUUCACUGUCUUACUCUUGCCAACACUCCAAGCCCCUCUCUAUCCAUUUAUGUGUUCUUAUCUAUCUAUCUAUCUAUCUAUCUAUCUAUCUAUGUAUAUCAGUAGUAUAUAGAUUGAAAGAUCUCCUCCCUAGAGUACCGUGUUAGUUAGAUACAUAAGCAUAAUAUAUCAAGUGAGUGUGAGAAAGCCAUGUUGUUGAGAAAAGGCAUUGCUUUGGUUAUUGUUUUGAUGGUUUUGGAUGUCCAGACAUGUCUGGCUCAGAUCAUGAACAGAGCAAGCUUUCCAAAAGGUUUUGUUUUUGGGACUGCCUCUUCUGCUUACCAGUAUGAAGGAGCAGUUAAAGAGGGUGGAAGGGGCCCAACAGUCUGGGACACAUUUGCACACUCAUUUGGAAAGGUUCUUGAUUUCAGUAAUGCUGAUGUUGCUGUAGAUCAGUAUCACCAGUUUGAUGAAGAUAUACAACUUAUGAAGGACAUGGGAAUGGAUGCCUACAGAUUCUCAAUUGCUUGGUCUAGGAUUUUCCCUAAUGGAACUGGAGAAAUCAAUCAAGCAGGAGUUGAUCACUACAAUAAUCUCAUCAAUGCCCUAGUAGCCAAUGGAGUUGAACCAUAUGUAACCCUCUACCAUUGGGACCUUCCUCAAGCCUUGCAAGAUAGAUACAAUGGUUGGCUUGACCAACAAAUCAUAAAGGAUUUUGCAACAUAUGUUGAGACAUGCUUCCAGAACUUUGGUGAUAGAGUGAAGCAUUGGAUUACAUUCAAUGAGCCUCAUACAUUUACCACACAAGGCUAUGAUGUGGGUCUCCAGGCUCCAGGACGAUGCUCCAUCCUUCUUCGCCUCUUAUGUAGAAGUGGAAACUCUGCAACUGAACCUUACAUAGUUGGCCACAAUGUUCUCCUUUCUCACGCAACUGUGGCAGAUAUUUACAAAAGGAAAUACAAGCCAAAACAACGUGGAUCAGUUGGGAUAUCAUUUGAUGUUAUUUGGUUUGAACCAGCAACAAAUUCCACGGAUGACAUUGAAGCAACACAAAGAGCGCAAGAUUUUCAAUUAGGCUGGUUUAUUGAACCUUUGACUCUUGGCAAUUACCCAAGAUCAAUGAUUAGUAGAGUUGGAAGUCGGUUACCAAGAUUUACAAAAACAGAGUCAGCUCUUCUCAAGGGGUCUUUGGACUUUGUGGGCAUAAACCACUACACAACAUUUUACGCACAAAACAAUAAAUCUAAUAUACUUGGAUUCCUACUCAAUGACUCCACGGCAGACUCUGGAGCAAUUACUCUUCCAUUCAAGGAUUUACAACCUAUAGGAGACCGGGCACAUUCGAUAUGGCUGUACAUAGUACCUCAUGGGAUCAGAAGUUUAAUGAAUUAUAUCAAGGAAAAGUAUGGGAAUCCUCCAGUCAUCAUCACUGAAAAUGGAAUGGAUGAUUCAAAUAACCCAUUCACGUCGAUUAAGGAUGCCCUAAAGGAUGAGAAAAGGAUCAAAUACCAUAAUGACUAUCUCUCAAACUUGCUAGCUUCUAUCAAAGAGGAUGGAUGCAAUGUCAAAGGUUAUUUUGUAUGGUCUCUAUUGGAUAAUUGGGAGUGGGCAGCAGGAUACACUUCGCGCUUUGGUCUCUAUUUUGUGGAUUACAAUGACAAGCUGAAGAGGUACCCCAAGGAUUCGGUUAAUUGGUUCAAGUCUUUUUUGACUUCUACAUGAAAAUUAGUUGCGUUGGCAACUGCACAUUACACAAGGCACGAUCACAGAUGCAAUUUAUACGUAAAAGGAUUGUUUUGGUACAUUUUUUUUACCUCUGUGAACUUCAUUACUCUAUGACUUUUUCACUUUAAUGUGUUGAUUAUUAACUGAAAAAUUACUCACAUGUUUUUAUGUGGAAAAAAGCAUUCUGUCUUUGGUUGUUUCU